AUGAACGGUGCUCCGAAAGUGGCAUCGUCUCCCUCACAAUCGCGGAUCCGCGAGGUCAAGGAGCGCCCUUCGCCGAGCGGGCCCAGGCGGCGUGUCUCGGGCCUGGCACGUCCUCCUCUCGAGGGCCGGUGGCUUCAGCGCUUCGAGGCAUGUCAUGCUGCCUCGAGCGAGCGACCAGCAAGCGCCACGAGCAGUACUCGAGGUGCAAGCAGUCCAGGCUCCAGUCGAUCAGAUCCGGUGCCACAUCGCAUACUGAGGGCGGGCGAUGCAGCGCAGGACCAUCAAAGGAGGCCGACUCCGUCCAAAAUCACGCGUGCUGAGGUCGCGAGUCGCAGUCGUGCAAAAGCUGACAGUUACGACAAGCUGGAAGAGGAGGUGCUCUCCAUGAUGAGUGCUUUGCAAAGGCCGCGAGACGUCCCGCAGCUAUGGGAUCCGUCGAAGCCUUCGGUCCCCCGGGCUGGACAAACGAAUGGUCGCCUCCGAUCACCUUCCCCUCGGGACCCACGUCUACGCACCGCAGAUCGGGCUGCUGCUCGUCUUAGCACAGACGGAGGACACGCAGGAGUGAGUGUUUCCCUCUCCGCGCGUGCUCGGCAGUCUGCAGGGUAUCCCGUGCAUGGCCGUUCUUCGCGCCAAGUACUGACGCAGAAGGCGGCGGCGCCGCAGCGCUCUCGCAUGAAAUCUGGGCCUGCACGUACAAACAGCUUGGAGAGGACACGGCUCCCGGAGUCAUCCAAUCACAAGUCAGCAGAAAGCAUGGAGGGCCUCAUGCGGCUUUCCCACGCUCUUGGAGAGGCUCAGCGGGCGCUGGAGCUGCAGACGGAGGCAUUACGCUGUCCGCAGCAGAGCGAUCUGCAAAUUUCCAAGGAUUUUGAGCUGUUCGCUGGCAAGCUGCAGCGGCAGCUGGCAGAGGCGCAAUCUACCUCCCGGGCUCUAGGAGACUACAUUGCUAAACGGCCGUCACCGCGAGCCACAGAGCGGAUGCCCGACGAACCACAGGCAGCGCGGCCUGAGGAAGCGCAUCAGCGACUGCUCAAUGGAAACCACAUCACGAGCAUGCCGAUUCCGGAGGAGGCCGAGGAGUGCGCCGACGAAAAGUCGCGGCUCGCUCAUGUGCAGGAUUACCCUGAACAAGCCGAGGAGUGCGCCGACGAAAAGUCCCGGCUCGCUCAUGUGCAGGAUUACCCUGAACAAGGUAGUGGUGGUGGUGGCGGCGGAGGCGAUGUCGCCGGCGGGGACAGUGUUCGUGCCAUUUCAGGCUCUUGUGGUAGCGAGCUGGACCGGGUUGAGUCUAUGGACAAGGCUGCUCCGUUAGAGUCCGCCGCUGAAGCAGAGCCGCUUGGUCAAGGAAAUUCUUCACCACUGUCUUCUCCUCCUGCCGACGAGGUCCGAAGAGAAGACGAAAUGUCUGAUCAUCUUUGGGAGUUUGUGGUGCAGGGCCAAGUCCCUGGUGACGAAACGGCAGAUACUCUCAGGAAGACGGUGACGUGUUUCCCAGGCGAUGCCAUGUCUCGGCUGGCUGCAUGCAACGUAGCAUGCGUAUGUGCCCGUGGACACCGAGUAGAUCCGACAGUACCGAAUCAAGACGAUUUGGUGCUUGCGAUGUGCUCCUGGGGCGACCAAGGCAGUGUUGCUCUGUACGGCGUCUUUGAUGGCCAUGGCCCUGCUGGGCAUCGCUGUGCAGCAAUCGCACGAGGAUUCCUGCCAGAGCGAAUUUUCGGAGAUCCGGAUCUUCUGGUAAACCCGCCGGAGGUUCUCAAAUCUGCUUUUGCCGAAGCUCAGCAAGAAAUGCUCAGGCAGGUACCUACAGAUGCCUACAGCAGUGGGACCACAGCCACCAUCACGCUCGUUUUGCGGGGAGGAGUUCAGGCCGAGCGGGACCAGUCCUCCAAGGCAGGCAUCGGGCCAGGGACCACGGUUCACACUGCUCAUGUGGGAGACUCCCGGGCUAUCCUGGCACGAUUAUCGGAUGCGGCAAAAGGUGGCAAGUGCUUCAUCGUCAAAGAGCUGACCAAGGAUCACCGGCCUGACGAUGAGGGAGAGGCCCAGCGGAUCAAAGAUGCCGGAGGGCACAUCUGCUUGGGCGGCGGCAAGCGGGCGAGGGUCAUUUGCGAGUCUGUGCCCGGCCAUCCCGGCUUUGCGCUGACUCGCUCGUUGGGCCUUGCCAUUGGCCGUGACUGUGGCAUCAGUGCUGAGCCACAGGUUUUUUCUCACCAUUUGCCGGCUGACGCAGAAGCCCUUCUCAUCUUAGGAACAGACGGCUUGUUCGAGUUCUGCGGAAACCGGACAGUGGCUGGACACUUGUUGAAGCAUGGUGUCACAGAGCGGGCGCUGGAGGAGGUAGUCCAUGAAGCGAUGAAAUUAUGGUCUGCAAACUCCUCGAACAGCACAGUGGAUGAUGCCACAGCCAUAGCCGCCUCCCUGGGCCGUGUGCAGGGAAACAAUAAAUGA